AUGCCAAGCGAAUUGACGCCGGGGCAAUACCACGCUCAAGACGGUGAAGGCGGCUACGCGUACGGGUACGUGGGUCAGGACGCCGCGAAGCAGGAGGUCCGCGCACCGGACGGCACCGUCAGGGGCUCCUACUUCUUCGUGGACUCCGCCGCGAAAGUGCAAGAGGUGCAUUACUACGCGGACGGGGCUGGCACGCAGAUCGAAGCCUCCAACAUCCCGCAGGACCCGCCGGACGUGAGGGAGAGGAAGGAGCAGCACCUGAGGGUGAUGGAAGCGAUCCGUCAGCGCAAGGCGGGGAGGGCGAGCCGCUGAUGGAUUCCGGCUCUGUGAUACGCGACGGACGCGAGGGACGCGCGUUGCGCGCCGUCUCCAGCGAGGAAAAGUGUCCUGGGAAAAGUGUCCCAGGAAAAGCGUCCCGAAACCGCUCUUGUCUCGUUUUUGCUUCUGUGAAACGCUCUUCCUUCGUUCUUUCGGUUUCUCCUGCCUUUCUUUGACCUCUCCCUUCGCGAAAACUUGCGAAACCCAUCCCGUGCAGUAACCUAUUUUUGCCGCAGUGCACGAGGAGCUACCCUAAUGUCUUCAUUCGCAUGCAUCAUUUUUCGUAUAUAUUUCGUGGUGAAAAAAAAAUUUCAAUGAAAUGAAUGCUUACCAAAGCGACAGCUUUUACUCCA